AUGACGUCUUUAAAAGUCUUCACGCAGGCGCUGAUGGACAAGAAGAAAGAGAUCGUACUCUUCUCUGCCACGGCUAUCGCCCUCUAUGGCUAUGACCAGGGUAUGAUGUCCCUCAUCAACACCAAUUAUAACUAUCUGGACACUAUGGGCAUCGAUGGGGAAGAUCCCCUCGUUGGUGUCAUCGUCUCAGUCUACUACCUCGGCUGUGCAGUCGGAGCUGUGUUCGCCAGCCUGUUGGCAGACAUGGGAGGCAGAAAGCCCAGUAUCUUUGCUUGUUUGGCAGUAACCUCUUUGGGCAACCUGUUUAUGUUCGUUGCGGGCCUGGGCUACAGCAGAGGUGCAAUGACUAUGAUGUUUUUGGGACGCAUCAUCAUGGGCUUAGGCGUUGGUGGUAUCGAUGCUGUCAUUCCGGUCUACUCUUCAGAAUUGAAUUCCGAGGGUGGACGAGGAGAAGCUUUGGCAAAGGAAUUCCAGUCGAACAUCUUCGGUCUGAACAUGGCCUUCGCCAUCAACCUGGGUGUCACCAGUAGCCUCGGGAAGGACAAUCAAUGGGCUUGGCGUAUACCCAUCAUUGCUAUGCAAAUCUACCCUGUCCUCCUCCUAUCCUUCAUAUACCGCCUCCCGGAAACACCCCGAUGGUUCAUCUUCCAUGAACGAGAAGAGGACGCCAAAUCGGCCCUGACUGACAUAUAUGGAGAAGACGAUAUGAAGGGCAAAUUUGAUGAGCUCAAGCAGGCCCAUGAUGACGAAUCGAGUCACUCCAUCGGCUACAAUGAUAUGAUCUGGCCUGGAAGCAAUCAAUUCCACCCGACAAUGGUGACUGUCAUGGGCCAAGUUAACCAGGCAUUGACAGGAUAUGGCGCCGUCAGUGUCUACGGUCCGCAAAUCUUUGAACUCCUGGGUUUAGGCGUUACCGUUUCGGAAUACCUCACCCAAGGCAACUACAUCUCCUACUUCUUCCUGAUGACAUUGGCCUGGUUACUUAUCGAUCGUGUGGGCAGGCGCGUAAUGAUGGUUGGGGGAGCCUUUGGAAUGGCGACUUCCUUCUUGAUCCUCACCUUGCUCGGUGGUCUGGCACAAAACGCCGACAAACUUAAUAUACCUGACAUGCCGAUUGCCAUCGUGGGCAGCGUCGUUCUAUACAUAGCAACGGGGAUUUUUGGCAUUGGCUGGCUGUCUCAGCCCUGGCUGAUUCCGACGGAGAUUUUCCCCUCAACGUCCCGCGCUCAAGGCUCCGCAAUUUCGGUCAUCACCUGGGGACUUGCCAACUUUGCGGUGACCCUGCUUACACCUAUUGGCUUCAACAAUUUGAGUUACUGGCUUUUCUUGGUGUUUGCAGUCACAAACCUCUUCGCCGCGUGGUGGACAUGGUUAUACUGUCCAGAGACCGGCGGCAGAUCCUUCGAAGAGAACCAAGCUUUCUUUGAAGAUGCUAAGGAGCACGGAUCUUGGAGUGUAUUGAAAGUGGGCAAAGGUGACUACCGUGGAAUGCCUAAAGGUGAGAAAGACGAUGGAGAGACCCAGCCGUUGCUGGGCAAUGGAUCGUGA